AUGAUUAGGAAAAACGGGAAAACAUUGCAUCAAAAGGAACCUAUUUUUCAAUCUUCUCAUUUCUGGAUCAUAUACUUCGUUUUCAGCUUAGCUCUAGUCUUUCAUGUAAUUGGCCACAAAUAUCCUCCGAUUUUGAUUAAACAAGAGAAAGAAAUUUAUGAAUGCUUCCAAAACUUUGUAAAAGGAAAAGUUCUUCUUGAUAACAAACCACUUUCAGGAAGAUUUUUACUUUACAUUCCGUAUUCAUUUUUAAUUAAAGACACAGAAUCCGAAUUCCCUAAAAACUGGCAAUACCUCAGGUUAAUUAAUGCAAUUAUAGGAUCUUUUUACGCUCCACUAAUUACUGCUUCUCUCAUUUUAUUCAAGUUUUCACCAUUUACUUCAUGCGUUGCUGGCAUUCUUCUUUCAUUAGAUGGAAGCAGCUUAGUUGCAACUAAGCUUUAUACUACCGAUUCUCUUUUAUUGCUUUUUAUUUCAUUAACAAUUUUCUUAGGAAUUUUAGCUGAAAGGACUAAUAUAAACUUUUUAAGAGAAAUACAAGGAAUUUUUACAGUUUUGGCGUGCGUAACUGAUACAUUAGGCCUUGUUGCCUUCUUUUAUUUCAUUUUUGUUAACAAUAGAUACUUUAAGUCACUUCAAUCUGCUGUUUCAAUGUUUUUGAUCUUCUUUACAAUAGAAUUAAUCUUGAAAUCCCAGUUUUCUGACGAUAUCAAAAUUAAAUUACCAGAUGACGCAACAUUUAAAGAGCAGAUCGCUCUUACAAUUCAACUUAUCAGGCUCCAGUACAAUCCUGUCACUGAUUUCGCUGAAGCAUUCUAUUGGAACCUUGUAAAACUUCGUCCGACCACUUUAUGGGUUAACGACCUUCCAAACAUGGCACAGAGACAUGUAGCAGUUCAUAACGUUCCUGUGGUUAUUGGUGUUUCUUUAGCAUGCUUAUUUGGAAUUUUGAAGAAAGAAUCGGUAUUUUUCUGGAUGACUAUUGUUAUCACAUGGAUAUUCAAAGAAAGGAAUGUAAUGAACUAUCAUGUAGCAUUGAUGUUCGGAGUUAUUGCUUUAACAGCAGUUUUCGAAAAAAUUAAUGAAAUUAUGCAGAAAAUGAUGCUCAUUACUUUCUGUGUCGUUGCAUUAGUAUUCUUCACAUUCUUCUAUCCUUGGGAAUUCGCUCUAUCGAUCGAUUUCCAACUCGAUUACACUCUAAAUAUCUGGAAUAUGUAA